CCUCCAUCAUGCAAAGGCGGCUUCCGCCAAUCUACUGCUUCGUCUGGAGCAAGACGAAGCCGAUGUGGUCCUGAUCCAGGAACCGUGGCUAACUAGCAACGGAAUAUCUGGACUAAGGACGAAGAGACACAAGCUGCUGGCGGCCAAGGAUGCAGGUAGAAAUAGAGCCUGUAUGCUGGUCAGAAACGAACUAACGGUAUUUCUUUUACCUAAUUUCAGCAACGCUGACGUAGUUACAGCAAAGCUGGAGUGCGACACCGGGAAUAUCUGGCUUGUCGCUGCGUAUAUGCCUCACGACGAUGAGGUGGGGCCACCUCCCGCAUUACUAAGGAGGACCUUGGAGGAAGCGUCCAGGAAUGGUGCUGAUGUCAUCAUCGGCUCGGACGCCAACUCGCGACAUUCGAUCUGGGGGAGCUCGGAUACCAACACUAGAGGUGAGUCGCUUUUUGAUUUUAUUAUUAGCGAAUAUCUUUGCAUCUGCAACAGGGGAAAUUCUCCUACUUUUGUGACCGCAGGCAGGGAGGAGGUUCUCGAUCUCACCCUAGCCUCACACAGGAUUGCCCCGCUGAUCUCGAACUGGAGGGUUAUCGAUGACCACUCCUUUUCGGAUCAUAGAUAUAUCGGAUUUAGUAUUGACGGAGAAGGUCCUCCUAGGAAAUCUUUCAGAAAUCCUCGAAACACGGACUGGGAAGGUUACCGCAGAAAGCUUCGGCAAACUCUUCCACGCGCACCGGGGGUGGACACGCUGGCCACCGCCGAUGUGGUGGAUGGGUGGGUCGAGGCUUUCAGCUCGGCGUGCAUCACUGCACUGGAGAGCUCCUGUCCAUUGAAAACACCGAAGGGUAGAGGUAAACCUCAAUGGUGGACUUUGGAGCUCUCGGAAAUCAGGGCGUCCUGUAGACGCUUAUUCAACAAGGCCGGUAGGAGUGGGCUACCCGAUGAUUGGGUCCUGUAUAAAACAGGACUUUCGAUAUACAAGUCCGAGCUAAGAAGGGCUAAGAGGAUCUCGUGGAAGAGCUUCUGCGAAAAAGUGGAGGGCUUUCACGAGUCCUCUAGAUUCAGGCGAAUUCUCGCGAAAAACCCUGUGUCCCUGGGGUACCUUAAGGAUGUAGAUGGGAAAUGGGCGCUGAGCAGUGAAGAGACACUACAGAUGCUCCUUAAUGCUCACUUCCCUAGUAACACGUCCUCUACGGAGGUGCCUCUCUGA